GCGCGAAUUUUGUACUCUGGAUAAGCUGCAACGUUUUUUGGAUUAACUGUAAAUUUUGUGCAUGGAAAGUGUUGCCCCAAAAAAAGAAAAACAAAAUCAAAGUGGAUGCUUGUAAUAAUUAAAAUAAAAUUUUUUAAAUUAUUUAAUUGAAUUAUUUUCAAAAGAUUCAAUUCGGACUCAGCUAAAUAUCUUUUGCGCUAGUCUCGAGCAAUUCUGUCUGUCUGUGCCUUAACCUGAAAUAAUUGCAGCAGUGAAAUUGCUGGAAAAAUAAUUUCUUGCCAUUAGAAAGUGAACAAGAAAAAACGCAUACGCAAAUAUUUUUCGCAACCGCAAGAAAAUAUGUUGUGUUGAAAAAAAAAAAAUAAAUAUAUAAUAGCAACCAAAUAAUUUGAUUUUUUUUUUAUUGUAAAUAUAUAUUUAUUUAAGGAUAAUAACAAAUAUAAUAUAAUGAACAAAUCCCUUCUAAUACACAAAAUGUGUAAUAACUGGAAACAAUCUUACGGAUUCAAAAUCUGCAUUGCAUUUUUGGCAAUAUCAGCGAUUUUAUUGGAUUUACCCACAACACAGGCGAUAAGAAUAGGAGCACAAACGCCACUGCGCACAGAAGAUAGAACAACUGAUCAGUCACCGGCAGGUUCAUUUUGGAAUUCUCGCGUUGUGACACCUUCUAGCUCAACACCAUUUGAUUCGCCGUUCUUUGGUGCCACCCAUGGCUUAGUGCAGACUCAUCCAUCACUAAGUGCCAGUGCUAGCAAGCCAAGACCUGUGCCACUAAACAGUAAUAGUCUUGGUAGUGGUGCAAGUAAUGCUGCUCUGACAGCUGGCAGCGGAUACUUAAAUUCACGUGGCAGUUUUCCUAGCUCAGCGCGCUAUCCCACCACAGUCGUCAAUGCUAAUCCAAAGUCACCAUUUCGCCAUUUAGAUUUUUCAACUAGUGCUACAGCAGAGCUCAGGCGCAACCCAAAACUUUCUGCACCCGACGAGUGCGCACGUGCCUGCAGGGAGGGUGAACCACCCAGAAUUUGUUAUUAUCACUUCACAUUGGAAUACUACACUGUUUUGGGAGCAGCUUGUCAGGUAUGCACACCGAAUGCCACGAAUACCGUCUGGAGUCAUUGCCAAUGCGUGUUGGCGGAUGGUGUCGAACGUGGCAUAUUAACAAUCAAUCGCAUGAUACCGGGCCCCAGCAUACAAGUGUGCGAAAAUGACAAGGUUGUCAUCGAUGUUGAAAACCAUAUGGAGGGCAUGGAAGUCACUAUACAUUGGCAUGGAAUUUGGCAACGUGGUUCACAGUAUUAUGACGGCGUGCCAUUCGUAACACAAUGCCCCAUACAACAAGGCAACACUUUCAGAUAUCAAUGGACUGGAAAUGCCGGUACACAUUUCUAUCAUUCCCACACUGGUCUGCAGAAACUGGAUGGUAUUUAUGGUAGCAUUGUAGUGCGGCAGCCACCUUCACGUGAUCCAAAUUCUCAUUUGUACGACUUUGAUUUAACCACGCAUAUAAUGUUGAUCAGUGAUUGGUUGCAUGAAGAUGCAGCAGAACGUUAUCCAGGUCGUUUGGCUGUUAAUACCGGACAGGAUCCUGAAUCUUGUCUUAUCAACGGUAAGGGUCAGUUCCGUGAUCCAAAUACUGGUUUCAUGACGAAUACACCACUGGAAAUUUUCACAAUUACACCUGGCCGUCGUUAUCGUUUCCGUAUGAUCAACGCCUUCGCUUCAGUGUGUCCGGCUCAAGUAACAAUUGAGGGUCACACAAUGACUGUUAUUGCUACAGAUGGUGAACCAGUGCAGCCCGUAAAUGUAAACACGAUCAUUUCAUUCUCUGGUGAACGCUAUGACUUUGUCAUCAAUGCCGAUCAGCCAGUCGGUGCUUAUUGGAUACAACUGAGAGGUUUAGGUGAAUGCGGUAUACGUCGUGUGCAACAAUUGGGUAUCUUGAGAUAUGCGCGCGGACCCUACCAACCACAGUCAGCCCCGCCAACAUAUGACGUUGGCUUGCCGCAGGGUGUGGUCAUGAAUCCUCUGGACGCACAAUGUAAUCGCGAUCGCAACGACGCAAUCUGCGUCAGUCAAUUGAAAAACGCACAAGAAAUCGAUCGUGGUAUUUUGGCAGAGAAACCUGAUGUGAAAAUCUUCUUACCAUUCCGCUUCUUUGUUUAUCGACCCGAAGAACUGUUCCAGCCAAACACCUACAAUCGUUUCUUAGUUGCGCCCACCGGUGAUCACGUUAUAUCGCUUAUCGAUGAAAUCUCAUACUUAUCAGCACCUGCGCCAUUAUUAUCACAGUAUGAUGACAUCAAUCCUGACCAAUUCUGCAACGGUGAUAAUCGUCCAGCUAAUUGCGGUGCCAAUUGCAUGUGUACACACAAAAUUGACAUUCCAUUAAAUGCAGUCGUCGAAGUGAUAUUAAUCGAUGAAGUACAACAACCAAAUUUGUCACAUCCAUUCCAUUUGCACGGUUACAGCUAUAGUGUUAUAGGUAUUGGUCGCUCUCCGGACACAAAUGUCAAAAAAAUCAAUCUUAAGCAUGCAUUAGAUUUGGAUCGUCGUGGUCUCUUGCAUCGUGAAUACAAUUUGCCACCAUCGAAAGAUACAUUAGCAGUACCGAAUAAUGGUUACAUUGUGUUAAGGUUUAGAGCUAAUAACCCCGGUUUCUGGUUGUUCCAUUGUCAUUUCCUGUUCCACAUAGUUAUCGGCAUGAAUCUUAUACUGCAAGUUGGCACACAAGCAGAUUUGCCGCCAGUUCCACCAGGUUUCCCAACGUGUGGUGACCAUACGCCUCCGAUACCCAUUAACUAAACUUUAGGUGUUUGAAUUCCAAAAUUUUUUAAAUUUUAAGCAAAAAUACUAAAAUAGACGAGGAAAUCUUUGAGAAACUAAAAAAUUUAAACGCUUUGUACAGAACUCGAUGCAGCGUUUCUCUUUUGUAAAUUUAUGCCUUAAAACACCACAAAACACAACGUCUGUAACAGCAGCAAAGGACGUGACUGGCAAAGCACAAAUUUAAAUAUUAAAAUAAUUAAAUAUUAAAAUAGUUUUUAUAAAUUAGCGCUUUUGAUAAAAUUGUUUCUUCUACUGUGGAGCGCAGCUUGAAGCGAUGAGAAGAUCGAAGUCUUCUAGCGCUUCUCGCAACGUUUUUUCUUGAAGGGAUCAGCAAUUUUAUGCGCAACAGUCAUAAAUACACUGAAAGAAAUAUUUUUGUAAAUUUCGUCUUUCACUCGAAAACGCAAAGGACGCGUUUCUGAAAAUAUCAAAAUUUACAAACAUUUUUCUUUGGUGUGUGC